CGACCUUGCUCUUAAGCAACCACUCCAGGGAUCUGCACACCCGGGUGCCAGCGUUGUUGGCCUUCGGAGCUUCUGGCGAACGCCGGCAGAGACCAACGCAGGAGACUGGCCCUGGGGCCGAGAGGCGGGCACCAGGGUGGAGUCGCCGCGGUUGGCAGCUGCAGGGCUCCACCUGUUGCAAUGUUUGAGCACGCCCCGCAGAGAAGGCAGCACUGGACACGGACCUCUGCUCCCAGCCCCACUGGGCAGGGCAGAGCCUCUUGAGAAGGGGAGCCAGGGACUAUCCUGAACCUAUACCACAGAACAGCGGUCCGCCCUCGUGCUGCCGCGGAGCCCGUGUGCCCGGCGGCGGACAUCCGAGCCGGCGGCAGAUCUGUCUCUUCGCACUGUCCCUGCGUCCGUGCCUGCCCCAAACCGGUUCCAGCCUCUAAGCCCGGGUGAUUCAGGAGGAUAGAGGCUCGGAGGGACACUGUCACCAAUACGCACCGCAGAUCCAUCCUGAAGAGGCACAGAAGACAGCGGACACAGCUUGGAAAGCGCUGGUCCAAGGAAGCCGGACCUUGAUGCUCAGUUUACCUGCCGGUUCUGUCUGAACCCACGGCCUUUUUCUGCAGGAUGAGUUCAAGUUCUCUGGAGUUUGCCUUGAAGGCGCGCCACGCCCCCUCCCCAAUCUGAGCAGGAUCGGGAGGCCGGGUGAGUCCCAGGCGCCCGCACCCUCGUACCGAGCCGAAGCAGACUCUGCGCCCCCGACGCUCUGAUCUUCAGCCUUAAGGAGAACUCCAGGGCGGACGGGGAGGCGGCGGGGACAAAGCGGAUUCGAAACCACGAGUCCAGGCGGACGUGGGGAGCUGGCGCCACAGGAACAGCCAGGGCGGCAGCCGGGGGAUCCACGCCGCCUGGGGGAGCGCGCAGCGGGCAUGGGCGAGCCGGCACGAGGAGCGGGCUAAGGGCCGGUAGAGCCGGAUCCUCCCAGGGCGUGGGCACGAGUCCGCGGGCGGUGGCCCUCGCGGGGUUGUCUUGCAGUGCCAUGGCUGGCCGCGGUUGCGGCUGUGGCCCGGGCCACAUGAAUGAGGACAACGCGCGCUUCCUGCUGCUCGCGGGGCUCAUCGUGCUCUACCUGCUGGGCGGCGCCGCUGUAUUCUCGGCGCUGGAGCUGGCGCACGAGCUGCAGGCCAAGCAGCGCUGGGAAGAGCGCCUGGCCAACUUCAGCCGCGGCCACAACCUGAGCCGGGAAGAGCUGCGAGGCUUCCUCCGUCACUACGAGGAAGCCACCAGGGCGGGCAUCCGCAUGGACAGCGUGCGCCCUCGCUGGGACUUCACGGGCGCCUUCUACUUCGUGGGCACUGUGGUGUCCACCAUAGGGUUUGGGAUGACGACACCAGCCACCAUAGGAGGGAAGAUCUUUCUCAUCUUCUACGGUCUCGUUGGAUGCGCAAGCACCAUCCUCUUCUUCAAUCUCUUCCUGGAGCGGCUGAUCACCGUCAUCGCCUACGUCAUGAGAUCCUGUCACCAGCAGCAGCUGCGGAGACGUGGGGUGACGACCCAGGACAACAUGAAGGCCCCUGAAAAGGGCGAGGCGGAUAGCCUGGCCGGCUGGAAGCCCUCUGUGUACUACGUCAUGCUGAUCCUAUGCUUGGCGUCCGUGGCCAUCUCUUGCGGAGCCUCGGCUCUGUAUGCCACCAUGGAAGGGUGGAGCUACUUUGACUCACUCUACUUUUGUUUUGUGGCGUUCAGCACCAUUGGCUUUGGGGACCUGGUCAGCAGCCAGAAUGCUCAGUAUGAGAGCCAAGGACUCUACCGAUUUGCCAACUUCUUUUUCAUCCUCACGGGCGUCUGCUGCAUCUACUCCUUGUUCAACGUCAUCUCCAUCCUAAUCAAACAGACUGUGAACUGGAUCCUGAGGAAACUGGAGAGUGGGUGCUUCCCACAAUGCCAAAGGGGACUCCUGCGGUCCAGGAGGAAUGUGGUGAUGCCUGGCAACAUCCGGAACAGGUGCAACAUCUCCAUAGAGACAGAUGGGGUGAUGGAAAGUGACACUGAUGGGCGACGUCUCUCGGGGGAGAUGAUCUCCAUGAAGGACACCAACAAGGUCUCACUGGCCAUCCUGCAGAAGCAGUUGUCCGAGAUGGCCAAUGGUGGACCCCACCAGCCCAAUGCAUCCUCCAGGGAUGAUGAGUUCUCAGGGGGUGUGGGAGCCUUUGCAGUAAUGAAUAACAGGUUGGCAGAGACCAGUGGAGACAGGUAGGAACCAGAAGUUGCUGCCGGACGAAGAGACCCAGGAGCAAGUGGAGGAUGAGACGCUGGCCUGCCCCCAUGAGCUCGGCCUUGCCCCUGGUUGCUGCUAUCUGCUUCUCAAGUCCAGCUUUUGAAAUCUGACCUUGGCCUCAGGCAACACUAACCUCUCAAGGUUGGGGACUGGAGCCUCCUUGCCUGCCUUUUAGUUAACUCUUGAAAUCCGAGUUUGGCUGGAGAGAUGGCUCAGAGGUUAAGAGUUUCAUAUUUGGAAUGGCUGAGGUCCUCACCAUCCUCCAGAGUUUUUUAAUUGCCCGAGGGGAAUGGGUUUCUCUCUAACUUUGAUUCCCCACUGAUGAUGGUCCAGCCCUGAUGAUGAAAAGCCCUGAAGAGCCUAAUUCUAGCCUGGAACUGUGGAUGGCUGACCUCACCACUUCACCCAGCCCCUCAAGAAAAGGGAACGAACACUCCAGAAUGUAUCUGGGCCUUCUUUUUGCUGGGCUUCCUUCCAAGCAUCGCUGUCAUUGGUUCCACAGAUGGGGAAAAGCGUCUCAUCGACUCUUUAUACCUGCUUCUCGGUUUGGGAGUCUUUUGUUUACUGUUUUCUUUUGUUUGUUUUGUUUCCUGUUUGGCUAUGUAUCUUUGGGCUCUUAUGUGAUAAGAAAACGGAUUCAUCUUCAAGCCUUUAAGCUGCAGCGGGGUGACGGCAGUGAGUCAGAGAGGAGAGCGACUCCGGUUGUAAUCGAAGCCCGCAGCUUAAUGUGUUCUCUCUGAAUGGUUACACAAACAUGUCAUUUUGCAAGGGCUUGGAGCCUGUUGUAAGAGGCAACUGACUAUUUAUUAGAACUGAAAAUUUAAUAAAUUUUCAUUUUGUUAA